AUGUCAGAAAGAAAAUUAACAUACAAGGAGCGUUCAUCGAUAACAGCUAUUUUACAAACAGAUCCACCAUUUAUACAAAAAAUUAAGGAGAAAUUAGGCUACAAACCACCGCCAACAAUUGAAAAUAAGUUCUCUGAGACAGCGGGUGAAGGAUAUAUUGAAAAUGAUCUAGAAGAUGAUGACUUAUCACGAAUUAAUCAAGAGGACAGACCUCAGGUCGUUAUUUUGAAUGCUCAAAGUGAUUUGAAUGAGAAGGAAUUAGAAGCUGAAUUAGAGAAGAAACGUGCUGAAGAAGAUCGACGAAAAAUUGAAGAAGGGAAAAUAGUUUUCAAAAAACCAGUGAAACGGAAAGAACAACACUCUGAGGAAGAAACAGCGGGAAAACGAAAAUAUACGGAGGAAAUAAAGGAGGUAGCCGCGUCGAAUUCAAGAUUAUUGUCGUUUAACGAUGAAGAAGAUAAUGAUUGA